ACAGGAAAAGCAAGCAAGAAUAAAUAAAUACAUAAAAAUAAAUACAAGUGGCUUAAUCAUCAAAAAAUGGCUGAACUAGCCCAACACUGCUGGCCAAUGGUAUGCCGUUUCCUGUGAGGCCCGUUUCUGAUUGGUUCAGAUCUUUGUUUUGCCGGAAGUGGUGUCUCCGGAUCCGCGGUGGUCAUGGCGGAGGUCAGCGGCCGCUUGAGAAGCGGAGCUCACAAACUCUCUGUCGUUAUCACACUGCGGAGAUCUUAUCAUCAUCAUCUGUCCGCGGGGGACGAGUUCACGAGCGCUGCCGCUUCUGACGGGACUCUCGGAGGGACCCGAGGCUACAGCAGCGCGCCGAGCGAGCACCGGAGCCCCACCGCCUACUACGACAUCCUCCGGGUGUCACCGAGCGCCACGCCGCAGCAGAUCAAGAGCGCGUAUUACAGACAGUCCUUCAUCCACCACCCGGACCGGAACCAACACUGCAGCGAGGAUGCGGCGCGGCAGUUCGCGCUCGUCACCGAGGCCUACAGCGUUCUCGGGGACAGCGGCCUCCGGAGGAAGUACGACCGCGGGAUCCUCCACCGGACCGACGUGCAGCGCGCCGGGAGACCGUCACCCUCACGCGCCCCUGACGCGAGAACGCGCUUCGACUUCGACGCGUUCUAUCAGGCGCACUACGGCGAGCAGCUGCAGCGCGAGCAGCGCAUGAGACGCGCGCGGGAGCAGACGCGUCAGCAGCAGCAGCACGCACUCCGAACCUGGACCCGGAUGAAGAUGAACGAGCUGACCGUGGGCUUCCUGCUGCUGCUCGGAGGAGGCCUGCUGCUCAGCCUCAGACACUGAACACACUCGAGCUCCGCUCCGUGAUCUAUUUGAGGAAAUACUGAACAACGAUGCUUCGUGACUUGAAUAGCAGUCGAGUGUUGUUUUUACAUUAUUAUUCACACUUCCUGUCAAUGUGUAGACAAGAAGAAGAAGAAGAAGAAGUGCAGCAAACUGAUUGAUUAUAAUGAUGAUUAAAGACUAUUACAAGUUUGUAGUACUGUACCAAUUUGGCCUUCUGAGACACUUUUGUGUAUCCUAGAAAAUUUAUCUGAUCCUGUGUCAAAACCUGUAGCUGAUUAAUGACCAUAGCUACCAAAGAUGACCUACUAUGAGAUUAAUUUAUAAUAUAUACUACCAGACAAAAAGUUUUUGAACAAUUAGAUUUUUUUUUUAAUCUUUGGCAGCAAAUCAUAUCAGAAUGAUUUCUGAAGAUCAUGUGACACUGAAGACUGGAGGAAUGAUGCUGAAAAUACAGCGGAGCAUCACAGAAAUACAUUACACUUUAACACAGAUUCACACAGAAAACAGAUGAUUUACAUUAGAAUAUUUCACAAUAUUACUGCUUUUACUGUACUUUGAAUCAAAUAAACGCAGGCUUUGUGAGCAGAAGAGAAUUCGUUAAAAAUCUUACGGUUCAAAAACAUGACUGGUCGUGUAAAUAAAAGAGAUAUUUAUUCAGCA